GAGAAACACUCGGAACGAGUUGACAGAUCCAGCGGGGGCGGGCGGGAUUGUUCGCCCCCUGUUCAGCGUAACUUGUGGCCCGGUGACCUUUGCUCAUGAAAGAACUGCUAAAGAGGAAAUGGGAAUUCUACAACAUAAAAAAGGAAUGUCUUCACAGUCUAGCUGGUUGACCACCGAAGAAAGGAACCAAGCUUUGUAUGAUCUUAAAGCUGCUGGCUGGUCUGAACUCACUGAAAGAGAUGCUAUAUUCAGAGAAUUCAUAUUCAAAACUUUUAAUCAGGCCUUUGGUUUUAUGACUCGGGUAGCUCUUCAGGCUGAAAAGAUGAAUCAUCAUCCUGAGUGGUUUAAUGUGUACAAUAAGGUCCAGAUAACUCUCAUUUCCCAUGACUGUGGUGGCCUGACAAAGCGAGAUGUCAAGCUGGCUCAGUUUAUCGACAAAGCUGCUGCGUCUUGUCUAACAACUGGGUGCUAAAAUAAUGAUAAAACAGAAUUCUCUAUUUUUUUUUCAUUUAUUUAGUCUUUUCUCUUAGAAAAAUAUGUUAAUCCUCAAAUUUCCCCAUUCUUGUAGAAGUUUUUGCAUAGAUAUAGAAAAUUUUUCUCAAGUAGGUAAAAUGCUGGAAAUGGUGCAUUAAAAGGCUGAGUUUGUUCAUUCUAUGUAUCACUGGCACAUCCCCUGUGGUCAUCUGCCUUCAGUUAACACUGACCAUUUGGGCAGGAAUUCCUCCAAAGAAGAAUGCUCAAAGUACCAGUGAUUUGGGCUUAUUAACAGGUCAGAUUUGCAUCCUAGGUACCCUGUAUUGUAUUUUGUCUUUCAGAUUCUAUAGUAAGUGAGAGUGGCACAGUUCAACAUGAACAUUAUAGCCUGAAUUUUUAUUCAGUAAUUACUGUGGGGGUCAGGUGACCCUAUAUUAGCAUGCAUUAUUGCAAAGCAUAUGGCUGAGAGAAAAAUUGGUGACAACUCCCUUGCUGUGGGUAUACAGGUGUGCUUUCCACUUGUUUAAACCUCCAGGUAUUCUCUAGUAACCAUAAGUGAUUGUGUGACAAAAGUCAUGUUAUAUUCUUGGAAAUCAUAGUGAACAUAAUAAUCGUAAUGAAUGUAAAAACACGCGCAGACACACACACACACCCUAGACACACUUUAUAUAGAGCUAAGCAUAUUUGUCAGAUUGAUUCCAUAUGCUUUCAACUUUUAGGCUUGAUCCCAGGGGAAUUCCCACUCUCCUGUUUUCUGCGGUACAGAUCUGGCUCUUUCUAGGCCAACAAGAGACUUGGUGCAAUGUAUUAUGGUAAAAAGCCAGAAGGUGUCUCUCCCCCAAUUUGGUCCCCUUUCUUGACCAUUGAUCAUGCUGAUUGGAGCACUGUGGUUCCAAUCUCCUUGAGGGCAGCAGUUUGGAGAAAGAGGGUCUGAGCCAACUUUGAGGCUCAUUCCAGAGAUAGUAGAAACAAGACUUAAGAGUAGAGCAAAAGUCCUGGCUUACUGAACAACCUACAGAUCUGGAGAAGAAAGGAUGAAAACAGAAUUAUUUCUCAUGCUUAUGCUAGGCACACACAUGUAUAAUUAAAACUGAACAGAAAUCUUAUUUAUUAUGGCCAAAUAACAGGAGAUGCUCAUUUCCUUGUUAUGUUUAUCCCAGUGUGUUUUUAAACCAAAAUUCAGCUGUUAAAACGGCAGUUUAGCGCAUAGGACUGACGCCGGAAGAAUGGGGUCUUAACCUCGUUGACUCAGUGAAUGCUAUUUCUUUCUCCUACAUGUGUACAUCUGUGGGAAGUCACUUGGGGCAUUUCUUUGAAAGAGUUAACACUGCUUUUCUCAGUGGCAUCAGAAGAGGAUAUGGAAAGAAAAAUGAUACUGCUCAGUCACAUAACCUGGGCCUAACUAUUUUACUCUACUUUGGCUGAAAAGUGCUAUGGAAAAAUGCAGCACUUUUCAGUGAACUAAAUCUUUUAGUUCCAUGUAGUUAGCCCUGCACUUAUGGGAAUUAUUUGGACUAUGAUUUUUCCCCCCAUUAUUUGUUCACAUGCAUGCAUGUUAAGACCAGUUCAAUAGGGAAGAAUAUCAUUAUCUGCCAAUUUUGCAGUGAAAAAAUGCAUAAUAUAUAUUUGCUCACAAGAGAGUUGAUUUGAAAAAAAA